AUGCAUCCUCCGCCUACCCCACUGAAAUCGUCGGUCGAAGGUGCCAACGAGCCGGUUGGCGUUGGCCGUACGAAGACUUCACCCCGCGCGCCUUCCAGUACCCCCGAUUAUAUAAAGCCAUUAUUUGGAACCAAGAAUAAUUCCCAUCUCUACCAUAUUUCAACGCGGCAGAUAGACUGGCGCCCGUCCAUUUCAGGCAAUAAUGCUGGUAAAAUCUUAGCCAUUCCCUAUCAUAAUGAAUUGCUAAAUAGUUUGAUAGCGGUCCUUCAAGCUGAAGGUAACUGGAAUGGUGCACGUGUCACGGUUGUCAACUUUACUGGACGUGACCCAAAGUCUACCUGGGACGUUCACCGGUUUGGGGAUGGGACAUCCGACAUUUUCUUCCAGUACAGGCAGUGGCAACAAUGGCACUCUCAUAACAUGUGUAUGGACCUAACUGAUGGGAUAGUGAAUAACCCG